CAGUCUAGGUUAUGCAUCUUAACGCUCACACAAUUUUAAUCUUCAGCUGAGUACUAGAUUCUAUUGUGGACCCUAAAUAAGUCGUCACUGUUCUUAAUCGUUAAUAACCUUUCCCAGAAUUUUCAAGAUGAUUGACGAGACAUUUGAAGGUACUGACGCUGGUGCGUCCCACACCAUCCCUGUUGCUGCCGGUUCUAUCAAGAUGAACGGUUUCGUUAUGAUCAAGGGCAAGCCUUGCAAGGUCGUUGAGUACUCCACUUCCAAGACUGGUAAGCACGGUCACGCCAAGGCAAACAUUACUGGUAUUGAUAUAUUUACCGGUAAGAAGUACGAAGAUGUAUGCCCUACCUCUCACAACAUGGAGGUCCCUCAUGUCAAACGUACUGAACUUCAGUUGAUCAGUGUUGAUGACGACGGCUUUGUGUCGCUGUUGAAUCCUGAUGGUACCUGCAAAGAUGAUCUUCAGCUUCCUCGUGACAAUGACGGUGGUUUUGAUGAAGUAUCUAAGCAGAUUCAAUCUCUUGUCGCUGCUGGUAAGGAGGUUUUGGUUACGGUGCUAUCCGCUGUUGGUCAAGAGAAGAUUAUCCAGUGCAAGGAAUUGACCUAAACAUAACAUUUAAAUGUCUU